AAGGGAAGGGGAGGGGAGGGGGGGUGAUAUCUGCUUAGCUAGCGCUGAGCGAGCUAACGGUAGGUAGCACUGGAGUAAACAUGGAGCUGUCUGCCGUCGGGGAGAGGGUGUUCGCCGCCGAGUCGAUCAUUAAACGCCGGAUAAGGAAGGGUCGCAUCGAAUAUCUUGUCAAAUGGAAAGGAUGGUCUCCCAAGUACAGCACUUGGGAGCCGGAGGAGAAUAUUUUGGACUCCCGCCUGUUUGCCGCGUUCGAACAGAGGGAGCGAGAAAGGGAGCUGUAUGGGCCCAAAAAGAGAGGACCGAAACCCAAAACGUUUCUACUCAAGGCGCAUGCCAAAGACAAAGCCAGGUCCUAUGACUUCAGGAGCGAGGAGGUCCGAGGGAUCCACUUCCCGACUGCGGAGCCGGUCGUCACCCCGAGAGCCCGAGAGGGCCUGAGAGCCGUGGUUCCUACCAUCUUCCCCCCGAGCGCCGUCAACCGCGGCGAAAGCGUCUGCUUGCCGUCACUUCAGCAGCACAGCUCCGUUAGCCUCGUCCACACGCCCAAAAAACGGGGGCCCAAGCCCCGCUUUAGUGACCCCCAGCUGCUCAAGAGGAGGCCGGAGGACCAGGCCAGCCCUGGAUCGCAUAAAUUCACCAAGAUCCAGGGUGGGGAGGAGGCGAGUCAGGUCAGCGUGGGUCACAGACACUCAGAGAACCUCGGUCACGGCUAUAAACACCACCAUCACCACCACCACCACCACUCGCAGAGCCAUGGCGGUUGCAGCGGGAGCUUCCACAAACAUCUCCACAGAACCAACCCAGACACUCACAGGACUAAGAUCAGCUCCGGUUACUUGGCUCCCGCUCACUUCAAGCACCACUCCACGGCGGCGCCUCCUGCUGCGCCUCCCCCCGUGGAAAAGCCUUACUUUAUGGACAGGCCCUCACCGACCCGGCUGGACGACGACUUCGACGAGGUGACGUGGAGGCCGUGUCUCAGCAACGUGGAAAAGGUCCUGGUGACGGACGUGACCUCCAACUUCCUGACGGUCACCAUCAAGGAGAGCAGCACGUCCAAAGGCUUCUUCAAGGAGAAGAGAUGAUCGCCGAGUCGUGCCUGAACGCCACGCUCCCUGUCGCUGCGACCUUUUCAGUUUCAUUAUGAAGCAACCUUUUGUAUGUGAUGUGUAAAUGACAGAGCGUGUAUAUUUUAAAGUGGAACCUCUAUUUAAUGUUUUGACCAAAUGAAGUCCGUUUCAUCUGUGAACUCGAGUCACAUGUCUGUACAGCUGCUGCUGAAUAUAUUAUCUCACAACUAGAACUAACUAGAAUGUAUAUUCCCAAAAAUAAUAUUGUGUGCUCAAAGCAUCAUAAAAAAGCAAAGCUUACAUUUUAUUAUAAUUAAAUUAGGUCCUGUUCACUUCAAAAGGACAAAAAAAAAUUCUGCUCAAGCACUUUGAAUUUAAGAGUAUUAAAAGAGAUGAAGGCUGUUGUGAAAUUCUGUGAUGAAUAACAAAAACGAAUGUGUUUAAUUCACAUCUAAAGUUUGUUUUCAUUGACUUUCUAUUCGACUUUUUCAUAGAAACGGGAUGUAACAAGAAAACGAUUCAGCUUUUCAAUAAAUCGGAAAUUCUCA